AUGCUAGAGGAUUACAAGUGCACCCGGCUAAAUGGUGUCGAAACUCGUGGUAUAAUUAAACUGCUACAGCACAACAAAGCUAAGGUGUUGACAACGACCGAACGACACUACACCGAGCAACAAUCAAAAAAAGGUAACGCACACUGUGUUACACAACAGCGAUCAAGUUUCCGGCUGCAUGUAAAAGCAGAUUCUACCCUUUGGCACGGUUUAAUCGAAACUCUCCCAUCCCCACCUGAAAAAAGUCAUCGAUCCGUCAUCAGCAAGUCUCGGCCCGGAAUGCCCGGCAAUAAUCGUAGACCCGCCUGCCAAAGCCACCCGGUUCAAUCGCGCACGGUUUGCGGUGACGAUCGUGCAGUUGCAGCUGGCAACGUGUGA